AUGAUUAAGGAAUCAAUUACCCAAUAUAGAUAUGGCGAACAGAAGCUUCUUACUGCAUCUCUCGUGGUAGCUAUUGGUGAUAUCCCAGCAUGUGCUGAUCUUUGUAGUCAUAUUGGCCAUCAAGCUUGUUUUGGAUGCCGCAUAUGUCGAACCGAAGCUAUGCGGGUUAAAGCAAGUAUGUGCUAUCCCUUUACACAAGGUGGCAUUUCUACAGAAUUAAUUAGAAAACCCGAAGAUUUUAUUCAAGGAGACGAAAAAAAUGGCAUUGUUCGAAAAUCACCACUUUCCCUUUUAAAUAGUUUCCACGGCCCAUUUUUUUGGGGAUUAGACGAGAUGCAUUUCUGGGGAGCAAACGUCGGCGGCAAAAUAUGGGCAAUUAUUACUGAUGAUGGUCAAAAAUAUCAAGAUGCAAGCAACCCUCUGUUCCUUCGUGUUAAGUAUCGAGUGCUUAUAUCUGCAAAAAUGCAACAGGCCCAACAAAACAAGCACAGCUGUAGUAUUAGCGGAGCUUUCUUGGAUGUCCACAAAAAGUCCGGUUUUUUUCGCAGUGUAGACUGGAUUGAUUUUAUUGUGUUUAUAUUGCCAACUCUUGUGGUAGAAGCUCUUCAACUUCAAAAAAGAGAUGUUAUUCGAAAAGAAACAGCUUCCAAAUCAACAUCAAGAAUGUCAUUGGAUCAAUUACAUGUCUACGAGACUGCUACUGAUAAUGCAUGCAGAGCAAUUGUUUCUCUUUCUAAUGCCUGUAAAAUAACGCAGAAAUACAGCAUAUCAGAAAUCGAUUUAGUAGAUUUAAACCGUUGCAUUAAAGAAUGGCAAGAGUUUAUGAUGGCAAACUUCCACCCCAAUGUAUCCACAGUCUACAUGCACUAUAUUAAUCACCUAAGUGAUGCUAUCGCUAAUUUAGGACCUAUGCGUUUAAUAAGUGCAAGGCCACUUGAAAGACUGAUUGGAAGUAUCAAAUCUUCAAUCAAAUCACGCCAAAAGCCAAGCGAAAACGCAAGUAAUUGCGUCAAAUCUCAUUUCGCUGCUGUUUACAAAGCAAACUGGUUUCCUACAAACAGCAAUUCAAUUGUUUAUGGAAAAGAAUUAACGAAACAGAAUUGCAUAAAUCUUGUUGAAAGAUUUCAUGAAUGUUCUGAACUAGAGGGGGCAGCCAUAGAAAGAGCACUCAAUUUAAAUGAGGAAGCUCAAACAGUGGAAAGCUACUUCCCAAUCAGAAGCGGUAAAACGUUGAAGUUCGCGGGAAAACCAUCGAGCAAGGGGACUUUCCUAGUCUACUGUACACAGGCCGAUGACAGUAGGACUCUGUACAGGUGUAUCGAAAGAACAGCACAGCUGAAGUAUGGACAAGUGCUGUUCAUGUACUGUAAUGAAGGGUUGCACUUUGCCUUGGUCAAGACAGUCUUCCCAGUAAAGUACAAUGCAGAACAAGACUGUCAUUACUAA